GUAUAAAGCCACAACCUUCGUCUUCUCCGUCCUCCACCACAUAUGUAUUAUUCUAUCAUCUCUCCUCUUCUUCCUUCUAAUUUAUUUCCUCCUCAAGAAAUAUUCUUGAAACAAUGGGCGUAGCUGUUCUAAAUCCACAGGACUGUCUGAAACAACCUUUCUCCCACAUGAAAUACCCUCGUAACCAUACCGUAUCAUGCCCCAACAGGCAGAAAAAACCGGUUUCAAACCGAACACGCCGGAGUCCUCCACGUAACCAGACCACCAGAUCUCCUCCCAAAGCGCCUCCUCCUCCUCCUCCUCAACGCUCUGCCGUAUCUUCUUACGUCCCAAAGGGAACGGUUAAGAAGAGUCCAAUCGCUGGUCAGGUUAGAAUCCUGAAGCGCGGAGAGGAGAUCCCUAAGAAGACAGCGGAUUUGGUCGUGGAAAAGCCAGAUCUGGUCUCUACUCAGCGGAUCGGACCAGAUCCGUGUCUGAUUCCAAGCCAGAUCCGUCUCUCCGACCGCAAAUCGAAGAAAGCCACCGUUCCCCCGUUUUACGCAGGUCCCGUGACCAUGGCCUCGCCGCCUCCGAGCGACGUCCCUCUCCCUGCGUUCUUCACCACCACGAAGAAGAGCGUCUCUUUGUUCCAAGCCGCCGAGGCUACCAACCGUCUCAUCAGUAUCCUCGGCAUCGUCGUCGAAUGAAGGCGUAUGUAUGUAUGUCUCCUCUCCGACCGACCGAUGAUAUCCAUUUCUAUUUCAAGUGUUGAACGUUUUCAAAAUUUCCCGAUCGUCCGAUUCGAAUCUACAACAAAGCAUCUACAGAUCCGACGAAUCUUAGAAGACGAGGAAACAAACGCCAUCUUCGUUAUGAACCAUUUUCGAAUCUUCCCUUAUUUUUUCAAGGGGCAAGGUCGAAAUAUCUUUCUUAACAGGUCUUAGUUUCUCUUUUCUUAGGGUUUAGUGUUUGUGUAGGAAGUAUUUGUUUUCUUAGGCUUUUGUAAUUUCUAAGUAAUCUGCGUCUGUCUUUCGGGUUUCAAUUCGGUUUUUUUAGUCCUAAGUUCCUCUGGUAAAUUAUAGGCUCGCUUUUGUGUUUUCUUUUCUUUAUUAUCGAGUCUCUUGUUAUUCCUAAAGGGUCAUAGAGGUGUAGCCUACUGGUAAUUACCCUUUCGUUGUGUAUGCCCAGUAUUACAGUUCUAUGUAUUUAAUAGUAGUUGUUUAAGGUCGUCAUAGAGGUGUAGCUACUGGUUAAUUACCUUUGCGUUGUGUAUGCCCAGUAUUACAAUUCUAUGUAUUUAAUAGUAGUUGUUUAAGGUCAGUCGAGUUUGAUUUGUAAUAUGAACUUAUGUUUCGAUGUAAGCAGUAUUGCAGUUCUCUAUCUAUAUAAUAUUAUCGUUUUUCAUUUC